AUGCCGUCAACUCAUUCCAACGGCAUAAUCACCCACGGCGACUCUUCCGCUCGGGAUGCAGCAACCGGCCAGAAGAGGAAGCCGAUUGUGCUGUUCGUCAAUUCUUCGGUUCGUGAAAUUGACGCUGAACGCUGGAAGGACAUCCAAAGCCGCUUCGACAUUCUCGACUACGACUGCUCCACGGUGGACGAGUUCAUUGCAUGCCUGAAGACCCCCGGUCACCCGUACACACGGAUCGAUGCGCUGGUGUGGACGGGCUGGUUCAAAGCUGGGCCCUUCGCGCCGCAGACUGAGCUGCUCCUGCGAGGAGAGCCGCUGGAACUGAUGCCGCCGUCGCUCAAGCUGGUCUGCUGCUCCGGUCACGGGUACGACCACGCGGACGUGGCGCGCAUGACGGAGCGCGGCAUCCUGUAUUGCAACACCCCCGAGGCGUGCACCGAGGCGACGGCCAACGUCGCCCUCAUGCUGAUCCUCAACACGUUCCGGUAUCUUUCCUUCGCAGAGAGAUGUGCCAGGACGCUGGAGGACGGCGGAUGGAACAAGAGCCGGACGCUGGGAUCCCUCGCCAUCGACCCAGAAGGUCAGGUCCUUGGGAUCGUCGGCAUGGGCUCCAUCGGACGUGCAACUGCGCGGAAGGCAGCGACCGCGCUGGGCAUGGAGAUCCAUUACUACAAUCGGCGCCAGCUCAGCGAGCGCGAUGAGACGCUCGCGCCGGGCUGCCGAGCCACAUACCAUGCCUCGUUGGAUUCGCUGGUGAGCGCGGCCGACUGCCUGUGUCUGGCAUGUGGAUGCACGCCUGACAUGGUUCACAUGUUGUCCACGCCGCAGUUCAACCUUGCAAAGCCGACGGGUCUGCGCAUCGUGAACGUGGGCCGCGGCGCGCUGAUCGACGAGACAGCCCUGCUGAGCGCGAUCGAGGCGGGCAAGGUCAUCGGAGUAGGGCUCGACGUUCACGCGGAUGAGCCCAAUAUCAACCCGGCCCUACGAGAGAACUACAUGGUCACUGUACUGCCUCACAUCGGCACCUGCAGUCGGACAAGUUGGACCAACAUCGAGAAGAGACAAUUGGACGAUCUCGACGAGUUCUUUUUCGGAAGCGGAAAGCCACGCAACGCUGUCAACAAGCAAGUCUAUGGAUAG